GAAAACCGCGACGCAUCGGGUGCCCAUAUGAAAUGAAUGAAUAUUCCGCCGCCGCUCCAGCUUCCGCUGCAGCCGCAGCUUGCUGCCAAAUUUACCGUGAGGUGACCGUUGCCUUCCACCGCCCCCACCUCCGCCGCGGCCUCACCCUCACCUGCGGCGAGGAUCGGUGCUCUACUCUAGUAGUAGUACUCUAGAGUCUAGUCUAGUCUACUCUAGUUGCUGCCUUCGCUAGCAUUCGGAGGCGAUCUGAGGAGGAGGAGUGGGGAGCAGCGAAGGUUUUGAUCUUUUGGGAAGGAGUUGGAUUCGGCUUUCUGGGUUCUGUCUGUCGCUUGAUUCCAAUUCGGAUUUCUUGCUGUUGUUGUUGGGGUGUUCGCGGCCGAUUUGACCCCGGGGAAUCGCUGCUUUUUUAUUUUUUUGAAAAGAUAAUUCUACGCGGAUUAGAUUUGGUCAAGAAGUCGUAGUACGAACGCGAGGUUUGAUCUUGGUUUCGAUCCGAAGGGUCUCGGUUGGCUGCGUGGGAAGGGGGAGGAGGAAGAAGGCGACCUGCUAUCUAAUCCUCUACCCCCUCUGCUGCGAAAAUUCUCUGCUGUUUGCUCAAGCAUCUUGCUGCUUGGAGCCUUGGAUCGAAGAGAGUUUUAGUUCUUGGAGUUCUGAGAAUUGUGUUGCUUGAGCCGAAUUCGAUCCCAAAAAGGCUCUUUUUUGGGAGGCUUUGAGGAGGAGGAGGAAGAAGAUGGGGGUGAUGUCGCGGCGGGUGCUGCCUGCCUGCAGCAGCCUCUGCUACUUCUGCCCCUCGCUGCGGGCGCGCUCGCGUCAGCCCGUCAAGAGGUACAAGAAGAUCAUCGCGGAGAUCUACCAGCUUCCACCGGAUGGUGAACCGAAUGAUAGGAGGAUUGGGAAGCUCUGUGAUUAUGUCUCGAGAAAUCCGACGCGGAUACCCAAGAUCACAGAGUACCUUGAGGAGAGGUGCUAUAAAGAUCUGAGACAUGAGAAUUUCACCUUGGCCAAAGUUGUACCAUGUAUAUACAGGAAGCUUCUGUGUUCAUGCAAGGAUCAUACACCAUUGCUGGCCACAAGCACAUUGAGCAUUAUUCGUACUCUUCUCGAUCAGAGAAUGAAUGAUGAUUUGCGGGUCCUGGGUUGUCUAAUGCUUGUUGACUUUCUCAACGGCCAGGUUGAUAGCACGCAUAUGUUUAAUCUGGAAGGCCUCAUACCAAAACUUUGCCAAAUUAGUCAAGAACUAAGGGAAGAUGACAAAGGGUUCCGCCUCCGAUGUGCUGCACUUCAGGCUCUUGCUUCUAUGGUCCAAUACAUGGGUGACCACUCACACAUUUCCAUGGAACUUGAUGAAGUUGUGUCCGUGAUCGUAAGUUGUUAUGAGGUUAAUCAAACUCUCUCAAUAAAAGAGGUUGUCAGGCUUCAAGAUGAUGAUGAUUUGGUAAUCAAUGGAAGUCUGACUGGGUUGCCAGUAUCUGGGCAAAAUAGUGCCAAAGUGGCAUCUGAUACAAUGUCUGCAUCUGAAAAUCCAGCACAUUGGGCAAGGGUUUGCUUACGUAAUAUGGCCAGUAUCGCCAAGGAGGCAACAACAGUGUGGCGUGUUCUUGAUCCUCUUUUCCGCCUUUUUGAUAGCCACAACUAUUGGUCUCCUGAAAAUGGGAUUGCAUUUUCUAUUCUACAAGAAAUGCAGGCACUGAUGGACAAAUCAGGGCAAAAUGGCCAUUUGCUGUUAUCUUUCACCAUAAAACACAUAGAUCAUAAGAGUGUUGCCAAGAAGCCUGCCAAGCAAACAAGCAUUUUAAAAGUUGCUUCGCUUCUUGCAAAACAUGCAAAGUUGAAGGCGUCGGUGACAAUAGCAAGUGCAACAAGCGACUUAAUAAAGCACUUGCGCAAAUGCAUGCAUUGUGCUGUUGAAUCACCAAAUGCUCAAAAUGAUGUUGACAAGUGGAACAGUGCACUUUAUGUGGCCUUGGAGGAGUGCCUGGUGCAAUUGACAGAAAAGGUUGGUGAUGUUGGGCCUGUUCUUGACAUGGUGGGAGUAAUGCUUGAGAAUCUCUCUUGUACUGCCACCAUUGCCAGAACAACAAUUUCAUCAGUUUUCCGCACAGUGCAAAUAGCAGCUUCCAUCCACAAGUCAUUGUACAACCAGAAGGCAUUUCCUGAAGCUUUGUUUCAUCAGCUUCUCUUAGCAAUGAUGCACCCAGACAAAAAGACAAGGGUUGGUUCACAUCGUGUCCUAUCCACCAUUAUUGCACCUUCACUUCUAUGCCCAUGGUCAGGCAUAAGUUUUCCUAUCCCUGUGAAGGGCAAUGAUUCACAGAGCAUUACUUUGUUGGCUCUUUCUGCCUUUUCUUCUGAGGCCGUAAUGGAUGAAGUCCGGAUCAAAAGCAGGACCCAUGAACAGUUACAAAACAAUGUAAAACCAGAAACUGUAGUUGGCUCUGAGAACGGAUACACACAUACAGAACCAAAUUCAAGGAAGAGCCCUGGUCUUGGAAUUCCAUUGAAAGAUGAAAAUCUUAAGUUCAUGAAGCUGAACAGUAGCCAACUUGUUCUCCUCCUUUCAUCAAUUUGGAGUCAAGCACCUCUAGAAGAUAACUCACCAGCAAAUUUUGAAGCAAUGUGCCAUACCUACAAUAUUGCUUUAUUGUGUUCAAUGACAAAGAGCUCUAGUCACGCAGCAUUAGUUCGAUGUUUCCAGUUGGCCUUCUCUCUCAGGAGGAUGUCCCUUAACCAAGAAAAUGGUUUGCAGCCAUCACGUAGGAGGUGUUUGUAUACAAUGGCAUCAGCAAUGCUGAUUUUUUCAGCAAAAGUUGCUGAUAUUCCUCAGACAAUUCCUCUUGUGAAAGCAGCAGUUCCAGAGAAAAUGGUCGACCCUCAUCUUUGCCUGAUUGAUGAUUGCAGACUCGUUAUUAGUUCACCACAGUCAUCUAACAGUGGGAUAGUUUAUGGUUCUGAGGAAGAUGAAAGUGAUGCACGCAAUUUUCUUUCUUGUGUAAAUAAAAAUGAUACACAGUUAAAAGAAAUUGUGAUAUCCCACUUCAAGGAGAAGUUUGAAAAUCUAUCAGAGAAGUUUAAUGGUAUAGAAGAGCAGCUUCUUCAGGAGUUUUCCCUGGAUGAUUCAUUCCCUCUCAGUGCUCCACUAUUCAUGGAAACACCACACUCUUGUUCGAUGUACGCUGAAAAGGAUGACCAUUGUUUUGAUGAGGAAGUCAUUCCUUGUGAGAUGGAUGAUGACGAUGACAUCGUUUUUGAACACAGUGGAUCGCAAUCUGACAGGAAAACCUCUGGAUCUAUGGCUUCAUCAGAUGUUCUAAACGUCAAUCAACUAAUAGAAUCGGUUCAUGAGACAGCAAGGCAGGUUGCUAAUGCUCCAGUUUCUGCCAACCUUGUACCCUACGAUCAAAUGAAGAGCCAAUGCGAAGCCCUAGUCAUGGAGAAGCAACAGAAGAUGUCUGUUCUCCUGAGCUUCAAACACUCGAGGACCGAUUCCCGUGGCUCGACUGCAGAAAAUGGACUGGAAACAAACGAGUCAUCUGCUCGGUCUGAGCCUGAGACGCAGUCGACGAGGAAGGAGCGAAUGCGACGCAGCGACUCGGCAUCAAGCGAAUCUGACCGGUCGUUCAGGCUGCCACCGGCAAGCCCAUAUGACAAGUUCAUGAGAGCUGCUGGGCGAUAGGCUGGUGCAAUGCAAUGCGAUGGCGCCAAGGAUCUGAUACUAGUUUUCAAGCCUGUAUACAGAAAUGUUUUUACAGAUACAAGUCUUCUAAAGCUGUUUCUUUUCAUUGUCGCCUUGUAUUUUUUAUUCUUCUGAGUGUAAAUUUCUCGAGAAGGUGUACAAAUUUCUGUUACUGUUGUAGAGACCCAGAAUAAAUAAAAGUAUAGGCAUUGGUGCAAUC